AUGCACGAUAUUCCAGAGUUUGAGCUGGAUCGAGUUGCUCGCAGCUACGGUCCCAGAGCAAAGAUCGCCUUACAUGGGUCUGCACCACAUGCCCUCUCCCUCGACAACCUUCGAGGUCUCUCCUCCACCAAACUCAGUCCGAUCGAAACCAACAUCCCACUUUCCUAUGCCCCGUCCCUCGGAUCAGUCGAGCUGCGCAAACGCGUUGCAGAGAUCUAUUCGACCGAAAGCGCACCACUGACAGAGGACAAUGUGAUCAUCACGCCUGGAUCAAUCAUGGCCAACUAUCUUGUGCUCAGCACGACAUGCACCAAAGGCGACCAUGUAAUCUGCCAGUUUCCGAAUUACGGCCCUUUGUAUCUCUUGCCCAAGUAUUUCGGCGCCGAAGUGGACUUUUGGGUCGGGAGAGAAGAGGAAUCGUGGAAUCCUGAUGUUGAGGAGCUCAGAGCACUCAUUCGGCCAACCACUAAAGCCAUCAUUCUAACAAAUCCGUGUAACCCGACAGGAACGGUUCUCGGCCAGGAGAUGCUAGAGCAGAUCAGAGAUCUGGCCAAGAAGCAUAACAUCGCAAUCUUUGGCGAUGAAGUCUUCCGUCCUCUGUUCCACGACAACUCUCAAAUUCCACCAUCCUUUGUCUCUCUAGGAUACAGCAACACCAUCACCACUGGAUCAGUCUCCAAGGCCUACUCACUCCCGGGUAUUCGCAUCGGCUGGAUAAUCUCACCCAAUCGAGAUAUCCUACAACGCAUCAUCGCAGCUCGGGACUACACGACUCUCAACGUUUCACGCAUCGACGAUGCCAUCGCUCUAUUCGCCUUAUCCCCCGAUGUGCUUCCUAAGAUCGUUGCACAGAUUCUGGAAACACAAGGCAAGAAUAUUGACCAGUAUGAUCAGUUUGUGAAGAGGAAUUCGGACAGAUGCAGAUGGGUUCGCCCGCGAGGUGGCGGAACGGCUUUUAUACACUUCUCUGGGCCAAACGGAAAAUCGAUUGAUGAGGUUGCGUUUGCAGAAAAGCUAAUUCAGGAUUUUGGGGUCGCUGUCAUUCCAGCCAGUGCUGGUUUUAGUGAGGAGGGAGUUGCUGAUUACAAGGGCUAUCUCCGUCUCAGUUUGGGACAGAGAGUGGAAGCAGUCGCCGAAGGACUCCGGGCGAUUCAGUUGGCUAUUCAAGACUUCUAG